UGCACAACGAAGACUCUACGAAGAUCCCGGUCGUGGCCCAGAAGGGCGAGUCGCUUCUCUAUGUGCUCGCCCUCUAGGUACGUCACGCAGAUAGCCCUCGGCUGGCAGGCGGACUGGUUGGGUUAGCGCAGACUUGUCGAACCGGCUGACAGACAGCGGAGGAUUGUCCGUCAUCGCGAACAGUUACACGGCCUCAGCGACUCGCCAGGAUCCGGCACCGUGUUCCGCAGAUGCUAGCUGGAAGCGGGAACUCGGCCGCCGGGCGUUAGACCACCUCCACCUGUUACUUUGCCCACCCUUGUUGCUACAUCGAGGGGCUAACUCGGCUAACUUCAACGAAACUACUGGGUGCUAGCUCACAUUAGCUAAUUGUAACAGUUUCUGCUGCUGCUGCUGCGUAUCAUAGCAAGGUUGUCAACAUGCUGCAGUGAGUGAUGCAUCAAGUGUUGAUAUUGAUGAUGGCCAUCUUGGGGGUUCAAGGAUGCUCCCCCAAGACGGAGAGCUGCCCCACGCCUCCGCCCAAUUCCACCAGGGACUACUGUUACUCAGCUCGAAUUCCCAGCACAGUACUGGUGGGCUUGCCUUUCGGAGGGGUACCAACUGUCCUCGCUCUUGAUUUUAUGUGCUUCUUGGUGCUGCUGUUCGUGUUCUCCUUCUUGAGAAAAGUAGCAUGGGAUUAUGGGCGCCUCGCUUUGGUGACCGACACCGAAAGACGAGCGGAUCAGCGGUACAGUCGCCUGGAUGAACGGGAAUAUAUGGCCUCUGCGAUGACAUCAGAGACACCUGAACGCUAUGAACGCCUCACGUCAGUUUCCAGCUCUGUGGACAUUGAUCAGAAAGACCUAGGUUUCUGCUCCUGGUUAACUGCUAUCUUCCGCAUCAAGGAUGAGGAGAUACGGGAAAAGUGUGGGGAGGAUGCAGUGUAUUAUUUGUCCUUUCAGCGCCACAUCAUUGGCCUACUGGUCGUAGUGGGCGUGCUUUCUGUGGGCAUCAUCUUGCCCGUUAAUUUCUCUGGAAAUCUACUUGAAAACAAUGCCUAUAGUUUUGGGCGAACCACUAUAGCAAAUCUGGAUGCCAAUAAUACACUACUGUGGCUGCAUACCACCUUUGCAUUCCUCUACCUGUUACUGACAGUGUACAGCAUGCGACGGCACACCUCCAAGAUGCACUACAAGGAGGAUGACCUGGUGAAACGCACCUUAUUUGUCAAUGGAAUCUCCAAAUAUGCAGAGGAGAGUGAGAUAAAGCAGCACUUUGAGCAAGCGUAUGAAAAUUGUGUCGUAUUGGAAGCUCGAAUCUGUUACAAUGUGGCCAGACUGAUGAAUCUCAACUCUGAUCGAAAGAAGGCAGAGCGCAACAAGAAGUUCUUCAUCGACCUGCAGGAAAAGGAAAGCAUAACCACCAUGGUCAACCCAAAGCCCUGUGGCCACCUUUGCUGUUGCAUCAUCAAAGGCUGUGAGCAGGAAGAGGCAGUGAGUUACUACACCAAGUUGGAGGGACAACUAAAAGAAGACUACAGGAAGGAGAGAGAGAAGGUCAACAGGAAACCUUUAGGAAUGGCCUUUGUCACUUUUCAGAAUGAGUCCAUAACGGCCAUUAUUUCGAAGGACUUUAAUGCUUGCAAGUGUCAGGGCUGUCACUGUCGUCAGGAGCCCAAGAUCUCUCAGUUCAGUGUCAAGCUGCACACACACAACUGGACUGUCAGCUAUGCCCCAGAUCCACAGAAUGUCUACUGGGAGCAUCUGUCAGUGGGAGGAUUCCCCUGGUGGAUCCGCUUCUUCAUCAUCAACUGCGUCCUCUUCCUCCUCCUGUUCUUCCUCACCACCCCGGCCAUCAUCAUCUCCACGAUGGACAAGUUCAAUGUGACCAAACCAGUGGAGUACCUAAAUAAUCCAAUCGUCACCCAGUUCUUCCCCACCCUCCUCCUGUGGUCCUUCUCUGCCUUACUUCCUACUAUUGUCUACUACUCUGCCUUCUUUGAAGCACAUUGGACCCGCUCAGGAGAGAACAGGACAACAAUGCAUAAAUGCUACUCUUUCCUGAUCUUCAUGGUCCUGUUGCUGCCCUCCCUAGGACUCAGCAGUUUGGAUGUUUUCUUCCGCUGGCUUUUUGACAAAAGCUUCUUGGCAGAUGCUGCAGUGAGAUUUGAGUGUGUGUUCCUUCCUGACAAUGGCGCCUUCUUUGUGAACUAUGUCAUCGCGUCCGCCUUCAUUGGAAACGCAAUGGAUCUGCUGAGGAUCCCAGGUCUGCUCAUGUACAUGAUCCGGCUCUGCCUGGCCCGCUCUGCAGCUGAGCGACGGAACGUCAAAAGGCACCAAGCGUAUGAGUUCCAGUUUGGGGCAGCUUAUGCCUGGAUGAUGUGUAUCUUCACUGUGGUUAUGGCCUACAGCAUCACCUGCCCAAUCAUCGUCCCUUUCGGACUGAUGUACAUGCUGCUAAAACACUUAGCAGACAGAUACAACAUGUACUAUGCCUAUCUGCCAUCCAAACUGGACAAGAAGAUCCAUUCUGGAGCUGUCAACCAAGUGGUGGCUGCUCCUAUUCUGUGUCUGUUUUGGCUUCUCUUCUUCUCCACUGUCCGCACGGGAUUCUCAGCUGCAACGUCCAUGUUCACAUUCAUAGUUUUGAUCAUCACAAUCAUCAUCUGCCUCUCUCAUGUCUGCUUUGGACAUUUUAAAUAUCUCAGUGCUCAUAACUACAAGAUUGACACCGAGGACAUUGAUGGAGUGGAGAAUGGGCGUCCGGUGUGCACCAAUGCCGCAAACAAGGCAGCGCAAAUGUACAUUGCUCAGGUACUUCAAGACCCAAAUUCAGAAGAGGCUGGUUCAGGAAGUGGCGACGACGGCCAGGGAUCCUCGCAGGACGAGGAAAUAAUCAAUGUGGAAAAUGGCUUGAAUGAGGACUUCCAGUCUGGUGAGGACAGCCUCAUCGACAAUGAAGUGAGGCACUGACGCUGCCUAGAACAGAAAUUGAAAGACCGCCUGAGUUAACUUGAGGAGUGCACUGAUCUUAUGAACUAAACUAGGAACUGGACCAACAGUUCUCCAAAGCAUCUCAACCUCCAUCGAGGGACUUUACACUAACGUAAGCACACUGUCUACUGAGCAUUACAUGGAUUGCUGCUCAAGGAUACGUCCUCCACUGGGUCUCACCAAACGUCAUCUUCUGUGGGAAUGUACACUGACAGCGCAUGGCCGAUUUAGCUGAGGCCCGCCCUGAUACCCCGCACAUAGACCCAUGAAAGAAAGAAACCAAUGCACAGAUGAAGAAUGUUUUGCCUUGUCCUGUAAGGGGUGUGAUAUUCUGUCUGUAUUUCCUUAACAAUAUUGCACUUCAAAGAGAGGACCUGUCCUAUACGAGCGAGUUUCACCAAGGUACCGUAGUACAGCAUGCCUGGAGGGACUUUCCAUAGUCCUUUGCGAGUAUCUCUAAAUGACUGUACCAGGUGCUUCCCCGGAAGAAGCAGCUCAUGAGAGAGGAGAGCAAGUGAAAUUUUCACACCAGCAUAAAGCUUGGUCUGUGCAGAAUGUCAUGGUCUCAAAACAUGUUCUUCCAUUAAUAUGUCCAAUUCUAAGCUUUCAUCAUCAAUACUAACAGCCGCUUUGACCCUGUACAACUCUAAAACUUUGCAUUUGUUAAACUACCUAUUUUAUUUGUAUGAAUGGGAUUUUAAAUGCUAUCAAGAUUGAUACAUCCCCACACUGAGGAAGAACCGAAUUCAAAUCACUACACUGGUAAUUGUCUUUUUGCCCUUCCUAUCCCUGAGCCUCUGUCUGUACUGCUGUCGGACUGCUGCUACUGAUGCUGCCCCCUGUAGGGGAAAAUCCUUGCAUGGCUGCUGCAGGAGGACUGAAGGUCAAGAUCCUGCUGAUCCGUUUCUGUUGCUCAGAGGAUGGAGAGAGAGAGGCCAUGUGUGGGUUUUUUGGGGUCAGUUUCAGAUGAUACCCUUUGGCCUCGUUAAGACCUGGUAUUUCCAUCCACUCACAAGUGGACAGCUCUAACUUCCUCACAUCUGGCAUUGAUCCCUGAAUGCGUCUCGUGUGACCACUUGAGAUCUGAUCUCGCUUCUCCACCUUAUAUGCAAAUUAACAUAGAUGUCAUUUGUGGUCAUGUAUGUCAUUUGUGGUCACAAAGACAUUAUGUUGUUUUUUGUCCCUUGGGUGUGUUUAGUUCUCUAAUUGGUGCUGAUCACUUGUGAUGGGAUCACUGAGGACAGAUGCUGAUACCAGGUCUGAACGGGGUCAUGGUGACUAGUUCUCUUUAUCUGUUGUAGCCACUGUUAUCUUUUUCAUGGAUUGUUUUAUUUUUAUUUUUUUCAUAAGAUCGGUUUAGAUGGUGGUACUCACUGGAAAUGAAUAUGUGUUUUUAGUUAACAACAGUCAAACAGUCUAAUAGAAGUUCUCACCCUUGUUUCCAUAAUGUAACGGUAAAAUGUCGCUGCACCUUCAAACUGCAAAACUAGACUGUUUCUGUGUGCUUUGUCUUUUUUAGAUUUACAUUCUAGAUAGAGAGAUGACGAAUAUCACCGUUUGUCAUUCUUUCCAAAGGGCCGUUACGUACAACAGAUUUCUAUUCUGUACAUAUUUACUUUCCCACUCAGCUCUUUGAACAAUAAAUCUGUAUUUAAUCAA